UUACAGAUGGUUAAUGUUAAAAAGGGUGUGUUAGUCACAUGUGAUCCAGCCAUGCGGCAACUUCUUAUGCAUCUCGAUGAGUCGAGAACUCUGGGGAGCAAGUUCAUCGUCAAGGAGCUCGAUGAAACGCAUUUGUUCAUUGAUCGCGAGAUUGUGCGAAUACUCGAGGAAAAAUUGGAUCACCUGAUGGAACAGAUGAACCCUGAAUUGACUGACAAAUAAACAACUUCGAAA